CCCGUGCGGAGCAGCAGGACCUCCGAGGAAAACCGGAGAGUGAACCGGGCGCUUCAUGAUUUCUGCUCCCUUUUCUCUCAGGUUAAGAUUUUGACAUUUGUUUUCGUUUUGGCUCGUCUGGGCUCCUCUUCUGGACCGAGUGGACUACUGGAAGAAAAGACACAAACAUGGAGAUAGAGAAGGAAGUGAAGAAGAUGACCCUCGGCCACGAGUUUGGUGCUGGAGCUUCCUGUUUGAAAUGCAAGGACAAGUGUGAAGGCUUCGAGCUGCAUUUCUGGAGGAAAAUCUGCAGGAACUGUAAAUGUGGGCUGACGGAGCACAACGUGCAGAUGAUCUCUGAGGAGAACAAGAAGGUGGGGAAGCUGUUCGAGGACACCAAGUACACCGGCCUGAUCGCCAAGCUGAAGACGGACGGCGUCCCCAGCUACCGCGGCAACAUGGUGACCAUCUCCAUGCCCAGCAGCGGCACCGCGUACAUCGUGCCGCCCAGCGCCUCCUCUUCUUCUGUGGUGCGUCCGCCUGCCACCGCUGGUUCUGUGCAGCCAGCAGGGGGCGCUGCAGGUCCAGCAGGGGGCGCUGCAGGUCCAGCAGGGGGCGCUGCAGGUCCAGCAGGGGGCGCUGCAGGUCCAGCAGGGGGCUCUGCAGGUCCAGCAAGGGGCGCUGCAGGUUCAUCAGGGGGUGUUCGUCCUCCAGCAGCCAGCCUCACGCCCCUGAAGGCCAACAGAGUGCCCGUCACCGUCAGCCUCGCCUCAGCCAACACGGUGCCCAGAGACGUGCCCAUGAUGUCCGUCACCUACGAGUGGGCUCCACCUGUUGCCAAUAAGUACCUGGCGGCGCGGUACAUCGAGCUGCUUCCCGCAGAGAAGCGUCCGGUGGCCGGUACCGAGGGAGCCGUGUAUCGCCGGCAGCAGAUGGCCCGCCAGCUGCCAGAACACGACCAGGACCCGGCCCAGUGCCACGAGUUGAGCCCCGCCGAGGUCAAGCAGAUGCAGCAGUUCGUCAGAAAGUACAAGGACGAGGCGUUGGGCGUGGCAGACGUCAUCCUGCCCGAGGAGAUGGCUCUGGUUCGGGCCGGGGGAGGAGCUGGAGGGGCUCACGGUGCUGGAGGGGCCGGGUAUGGACCGGGAGGAGUGGGGGCCGGAGCUGGAGGUCCUGGAGCUGGUUAUGGUGCUGCAGCUGGUUAUGGGCCAGGGAAUGCAGGUCCUGGAGUUGGUGCUGGUUUUGGAGCUGGAGCAGGAGGUAGAGGAGCUGCUGCUCCUGGUUCUGCUGGUUAUGCUGGUGCUCCUGGUUAUGCUGGUUAUGCUGGUGUUCCUGGUUCUGCUGGUGCUCCUGGUGUUCCUGGUUCUGCUGGUUAUGCUGGUGCUCCUGGUUCUGCUGGUUAUGCUGGUGUUCCUGGUUCUGCUGGUGCUCCUGUUGUUCCUGGUUCUGCUGGUUAUGCUGGUGUUCCUGGUUCUGCUGGUGCUCCUGGUGUUCCUGGUUCUGCUGGAGCGAUGGGCGCUCCUGGAUCUCAGCAGGCUGGACUCCCACAGCAGGCCUUCUCGUGCAAUCACUGCCAGCAGCCGAUGCGAGUUGGCGAGCCGGCGGUGUACGCAGAGCGCGCCGGAUACGAUAAGAUGUGGCACCCCGCCUGCUUCGUCUGCUGUAACUGCAGCGAGCUGCUGGUGGACAUGAUCUACUUCUGGAAGAAAGGCAAGCUGUACUGCGGACGCCACUACGGAGACAGCGAGAAGCCGCGCUGUGGAGGCUGUGAUGAGCUGAUCUUCAGUAAUGAGUACACGCAGGCUGAGGGUCAGAACUGGCAUCUGAAGCACUUCUGCUGCUUCGAGUGCGACUGUAUCCUCGCCGGAGAGACGUACGUGAUGGAGAACGAUAAACCCGUGUGCCAGCCGUGCUACAUGAAGAGCUACGCUGUGAAAUGCUCCUCCUGCCAGCUCCUAGUUGAUCCCGAGGCCCAGAGGGUUUCCUACGGAGACUUCCACUGGCACGCCGACCCGCAGUGCUUCAAGUGCUCCGGCUGCUCCAAGUGUCUGGUGGGCCAGCGCUUCAUGGCCGUGAAGAACUUCCUCUUCUGCUCCGUGGACUGCAAGAAGAAAAUCGUGGUUUAGAGCGGCCCUCCAUCUUCCCCAAAAACCACUGGUGAAACCAGGCUGCGUUCAGAUGGAGUCAGAGCAGAAACAUGGCUGCACGUGGGAAGAGAUUGUGUGGUGUUGUGUUACCACUCAGUGCCUGAUACCUCUGAUAUAGAGGCGUAUAAUAAUAAUAAUAGUAAUGCAUUUUACAUUAGGGUGCUCGUACCCUUCGGUUCAUGGAGAUCACAGUAUUGAUAAAUCACCCAAACGUCUUCCUUCCAGUUUGUUAUUUUCAACAACUUCAGUAUAAAUACGUAGAGAAAAGGCAAAUAAAACACAGCAAAACAAAGCUUAUAAUUAAAAAGCGUUCACUUGAGUUAUCCAAUUACAUUGUUUCUCGUCAAGGACGUCAUAUUUUAUGAUAAAAAUUACAAACUUUACGAUAACUACGUUUCCAAAUGGACUUUGGUUGUGUUACCAUUCAGUGCCUGAUACGUCUAAUAUUGAGGCGUGUAGUAAUAAGGAGUUCAUUUGACGUUAGGGUGCUCGUACCCUUCAGUUCAUGGAGAUCACAGUAUUGAUAAAUCACCCAAACGUCUUCCUUCCAGUUUGUUAUCUGCCUUUUCUCAGCUAAUUCAGUUUAAAUACGUACUGUAGAGAAAAGGCAAAUAAAACCAAGGUAUUUGAAGUGGUAGAGCAGAAAACAAAGCUUAUAAUUAAAAAGCGCUCCUGUGAGUUAUCCAAUGACAUUGUUUCUGGUCAAGGACGUCAUAUAAACUUCAAGGUCUGUCAGCCAUUUCCUCUCAACUAUUCCAUUGUUGUUGCUUUUCUUGCACUGUUUUCAUUCCGAUGAGAUUUAUUUUGUGUUGGUCAGUUUUCUGAUGUUGAACCUGUGUCUUUGAAUGUGCUGCUCCUAUUGAACCUACUGUUGAUUUGCCACCAUUUGAGCGUUCUUCCUACAAAAUAACUACUGAUACUAUCUCUCCUCGAUGCAGUAAUAUGGUGAGCAAUAUUUGCCAGGUUUGCUUUGCUUCUUGAACACUGUAUUUCAGAUCAAACUGAAAUAAAAUGGUAUUUGAUGUUAAAAACUCUGAGGAAAUGUAACUUGAGAGAUUUUGGAAAUGAAACAUCCGACACUGAUAAGAGCAUAUGUUCUUUUACACAUAAUCCAAUAGGGUGUGUAUAUAUUGCAGUAUUAAAUAGUAUUUUGGAUUGACACUAAAUGAAAACCUCCCAUGAUGCACCACCAGUAUAACAUAUUGCUUUCCUACAGGUGUAUGAAAGGCAUUUAUAACUCCGUCCAGCUUGUGUAUGUUGAUGUGGAUAAAGAACGUGCACAGAGAUAUUUUGUAUUGUAAGGAUGUUAGAUUGCAUUAGCUUUUGUCCCAUGAACUGGCAUCACUGUGGAUCGAGUUCAAUCCAAUUAUACUGCAAGAUAUAUCCUUGAAAAAAAAGUUGAACUGCAUUUGGUUGUUGGAUCUUCGUUAACUAAAAAUAUAUCAGAGUACAAAUAAAAAGGGAAAAAGGCUGAACAAACCAAUGAGAGCAGAACAUAUGUUUGGUUUUACAUUUCCAUCCAGAUCAUCCACUGGUGAAUACAAACACUGAACAUGUGUUGUAUAGGAAUAAUGACAUGGGACCCAAACACUUAAUGACAUCAGGAAAUCACUGGACAUUCCCAUAAAUAAAGACGAUGUGAGUUUCUUUAUUUUUUGUUCUUUUGUGCCAUGUACUUUUCCAAUCAUGCAAUAAAUGGCAUUUGACACAUUU